AUGUCUGGAGAAAUACCUCCAGAACGGUUAUGUUCUAUGACAGCAGAGGAACUUGCUUCAAAGGAGCUUUCUGAGUGGCGAAUGGCAAAGGCUGAAGAGCUUGCCCAAAUGGUUGUUUUACCAGAUUCAGAAGUUGAUAUGAGACGUUUAGUGAAAAAAACACAUAAGGGUGAAGUUGAAGUUGAACAAUAUGAUAGUGCUUCAGUGGAGGUUCCAGUUGAUACAACUUCACAUGCUCAGAGCCUACCAAGAAGCAAGGAGAUGGAAGUGUCUACCCCUUUGAAACCUGAUAAACCCAAGGACGAAGGGAAUGCCUCAGGUGAGAAGAGCACUACAGAAGACAAGACUACUCAAUGCACCUUUACUAUUCCUUCUACUGAAGCGACUGAUUUUAUGCAAGGGCUUAUGGUGGAUGAUGGAUUGAAGGAUCUUCCUCCAAUUGUUUCCCUAGAUGAGUUCAUGGAAUCCCUGGAUACAGAGCCGCCAUUUGAGAUUUUACCUGAGAAAGUGACACCCAUCUCAGACAAGGAUGAUUCUGAGACAGGCUCUGAAUCGAAGCCUUCGGUUCUGAGUCCCAAAAACACUGUUGAUGUCCCUCCACAAAAGCUUGAUGAAAUUGAUACAACAGAUUCAAAGUCGGAUGCUGACUUGAAAACCAGUGGCAGUCAUGCUGUGAUAAAAACCAGUGACCAUGCUGAUACAAAAUCCCGCAACGUUUGUGCCGAUGUGAAAUCCAGUGGCAGUCCUGACAAAUCAGUAUCUAGACCUCUUGGCACACCAAAGGGUGGUGAACGUGUAUGGAAUGGCUCCCUCCAGCUGAAUCUCUCACCCAUGGCCUCUGUUAUUGGCAUCUAUAAAAGUGGUGAAAAAACCUCUGCAAAAGAGUGGCCUGGUUUUCUCGAUAUCAAGGGCAGAGUCAGACUUGAUGCUUUUGAGAAAUUCCUGCAAGAGCUUCCACAAUCACGAAGCCGUGCUGUCAUGGUCGUGCAUUUUGUUCCUAAAGAGGGUUCAUCAGAAACUGAAUGUGCAAGCCUUCGUGAGGUGGGAGAAUCGUACAUUGUGGAUGAGAGAGUUGGUUUUUCUGAGCCUUGUUUUGGAGUGGAAAUUUAUUUUUGCCCUCCCCAUAAUAAAACCUUUGACAUGCUCAGCAAGAUCAUUCAGAAGGAACACAUUGAGGCACUUAACACUAUAGAUAAUGGUCUUGUUGGUGUUAUUGUGUGGAGAAAAUUAACUUCACCAAAAUCAUCAUCGCACCACAAGCACAUUUCAAAAAAGCAACACUAUUCUUCUACUACUACUAGUUCUAGGAGACAUGAUACAAAUUCGAACACCAAUUACACUUCCAAACCCGCCCAGGCUCGGGCUGUACCCCCUACCAACACUAGAUCUGCACAUGAUGAUGAUGACGAUGUCCCUCCCGGGUUUGGCCCCGGAGCUUCUCGGGAUGAAGAUGACCUUCCAGAGUUCAAUUUUAGUGGUGGAGCAAAUCCAUCUCUGCCUCAGUAUUCUGCCCAAAGGCCCUCUAGGGGGCCUGGAGUGUCAGCCCCAGUAUACCCCAAGUCCCAUACCCCUUCUCGCCCUGUAGAUCAAAUGAGAGAGCUGAUACAAAAAUAUGGGCAAAACAAUAGUAGUACGUAUCAGGCCAGUAGUGUUGGUGUCACGGUUCAGCCGUGGAAUGAUGAUGAUGAUGACAUCCCAGAGUGGCAGCCUAAUGCGCCCACAGAAUCCCUAACCCAGUACCAGCCACCGCAACAGCGGCCGGUGAAUAAUUACCAGCAGCAGCCAAUGUUGCGACCCCAUUUGCCAAACCAACAACAUAUGGGUUUAGUACAGCCGCAGCAGCCAUUGCAAUCUCUUCAACCCACAAUGAAUGUGGCACCAAACUUACAAAACCCUAAUCUCUCUUGGCAGCAAAGUCCCCAGUGGGCUCCACCAGUACAAGGGGGUGGGAGGUAUGCAAGUAAUCUAAGUUGUCAGCCCGAAGCUGGUCAGUUUUAUGGAGAACCCGAUAGAGGAGCAGCUGCUCAGUCAGGAUUAGCCUGGCGACCAAAUGCUCCUAAAAGCAGAGGGUUUUAG